AUGUUGUUGCCACUGUGUGUGUAUACUCAAGCAACAAAGAGAGCAAUUGAAGCAUAUUUCCAGGCAGGUCAACAAUUGCGCUACGUUUCUCAAGUUAUUGGGGAAUUACAAGCUCUUUUACCUCCAGACAUGUGUAUCAAAUUACCACCUGGUUUACUAAAUGAGAUUCCACCUAUCGGUGUGCACGAUCAAACCACCAAUAAUGCAUCAACUGCUCCUUUGGCCGUUGAUUUUAACGAUCCACAUCGGAAUAUUAAUAUUAUCGAGUCGCCUCAACCAACAAACGGUAAAUCGAGUAAUAAUAGUCUGACAAUUGAGAACGAGCUGAAGAGAGAAAUUUAUAGUGAUGAGGAAGAGGAGGAAGAUGAACUUUAUCCUUCUCCGCCAUUACAUCAAUCAUCUCCCGUUUCAAGCCCUGAACCAAUUCGGAACAAUUCAUCCACCAAAAGAAAAAGAAAAUCAAAGCAAAAAGAUAAAAUUUAUCAUCAUCAGCAGCCCUAUGAGACAGUAAAAGAAGAAUCAAGAUUAACUACAGAUCAAUUAUACAACAAUCAUGAAGAGGAGAUCAAUGAUGAUGCUAUCAGCUCAACAUCGAGUGUCAAACAACGGAAACCAAAACAUACUGAAGUUAACAUCACCAAAAUCAAGUAUCAAGCUUUGAAACGAGUCAGAGUCCCGCUUAAUAGAAAUACUCAAUUCGACGCAGAAAUUCCUCCUACUUACUCAACGACACAAACAUCACCUGAAUCAGCAAACUCAUCAUCACAAAUUAUUAACAAUGAACAUACACCGCAAACCCCUGAAGCUCCUGCUCCUUCUCCUGAAAAUACAUCCAAAAGAAGGAGCUCUGCGACCCGAGUUAAUAAUACGAUAAAAAGACAAGGUUCCGCUUCACCAAAAUCGGUUCCAUUAACUGACGAACAAAACGCAUUGGUGGAUGAGUUUGUCAAAUAUUUGGAACCUCGCCUAGAAAAAGGCGAAAUUUCGCAGAAAGGCAUCGCUAAUGAAAUUCGUGAAAGGUCAGGACACACUUGCCAGAUUGUACAGGGAACCAUUUCAAAAAUGGUACGAAGGAUUGCAGUUCCAAAAGAAGAGAAUACUAUCGCAGCUAUUCGUAACUGGAUUGAAAUCGAAAAAGGGAACCGCGGAACCUCCGAAUAA